UAAAUUUAUCAGUGGUUGGUACAGAUGGUGCAGGUACAGAGUGUCGUAUGCCUUGCCGCGGAGACAGUUCAGAGGAAGAUGUUCACUAGACGCCAGACAUUUAAAUAGCUAAAAUCAAGCGUUUUAUUACACUUUUGGCAUGUUUUCCUCUGUUCAAGUGGUACUUUUGUUUGAUGUGAAUAGUUUUGCUGAAACCUGCAAGAAUGAAAGUGAACUGGAACAGAAUGUAGCCAAAUUGAAAUUAGGAUCUUUGAAAUUGUUGACAGAAUUUGGCGCGCAAACCGAGAAGGGACUUGAAGUUGUUAGAUGGGCCUGUAAAUAUUAUGACUCUCUUAACUUCAAACCUGAUACGAGCAGGAAAGAUUUUAUUGAUUUUAACAAAAAGUCCUUCGAAGAUUUUGAAAAUGAUCUUACUGAUAGAUAUUGUAAAGCAUUUGACAGAAAAGAAACUGGUAGUGAACCUAGUGCAGCCAGCCACCAUACGUCAGACUCGUACAGACCUCACUGUUACAUCCUCAAAAAGUGUCUCCAGGAAGUGUUGCUUGACUAUAAUUGGGAUACACCAGACAUCACUUCCCCUGUCAAGACAACUCGGCGUAAAGUUAAGGCAGGCCACAACAAGCUUAUCCCUGAGGAUGUCGGCCUUUACAAUACUGUCAUUGUAUGGACCAAUGUUCCUAAUAAUUUGAAUGAUGCUAAGGAAUUUUGUGGUUGUAAAGGAAUAGAGGCAAGUGAUUUGCAUAUUACUGGUGAUGACUUUAUGGCAAGCAUUGUUGAUCCUUCUAUGGUAAAAAGUUUUCAAGAGGAUAAACGAAUCUGCCUCAAUUUUGUAAAUUUGCGUGAUUGCCUGUUGUCAAACGGAGAUGUCAUUGAUGCUCAAGUUACAAGUGCCAUCCAAGGUGGUUUAGCUAAGCUAAGUGGGGGGCUGCAUCCAAUAUGUAAUAUUGUUCAGACUGUCGUCUCAAAAAUUGCCAAAGAUGAGGAAAUUUCUGCCCCAAGUUGUGUGUUUCCUCCUCCUGCAGCAUACAUUGCAGGACUCGGUGUACAAGUUUCAUGGUGGAAGAAGGCAAAAAGUGGGCGACCACGAAGGCCGCAGCCUGGCCCAGCCUUAAUAUGGGAGGACUCUGAUGGCAUAUCUUACUUGAAGGCUCAACUGGAAGUUUUAGCUGUUCAUGGAAGUUGUUCACGAGAAUGGGGCAAUGCUGUGGUGGUGGGUGUAGUCCGCAGCAGUGCUGUGAGCAUAUUAGCUAUAGCUGGGGGCAUGGGCCACUUGUAUGUGUGCCACGCCCCCAACACCACCUUCACAACACUGGUUCAUGUGCUGGCCAAAUAUCAGUUAUCCAUGGUUUUAAAGUUGAGUUGUGGUGGCAUAGCAGUGUUAUGUCCAUGGGCUGGAGGUGUUGGGUGCUUGGCUGUGAUGUCUGCUUCAGGACUGGUCACUCCACCAUUAAGCAACCAAGCCAGCAAUAAAGAGUCUCGAUAUACAGAUCCUCAUCUUCUCAAAUUCGUGGCACAAACAGUGGAAAAAUGUUUAAAUGGUGCUCCACCUCACACCAGUGGGGAGCCAAGUACCACCACAAAGAGGUUUUCUGCAAAUCAGACAGAGCGGUGGUUUAAACCUCUUGAUGCAUGUAGUGACUCCAUAAAGCAGAUCAGAAAAAAGAGGGUGAACAGGAUAGAACGAAAAGCCAUGCAAGAACGUCUCCAAAAAAGAUAUCGACCCCAGAUCCCACGACCUUUGGCUACUGGGGAGAUAGGCCCAUUAGAUCUAGUUGACAUAACACAACCUCCAGCUGAUCCUGCACCUGCAGCCAAACCCACUAUGUCAAGAGCACAGCAAUUAGUCAAAAAGAGCCAUAUUGUAACUGCACAGCAAAAAGUUAAGGAACAACGUGCAGAAGAGGAAGAAAGGGUUCAGGCAACUGAGCGACGAGCUGCACAAGCAUCGGAACGUGCACGGAAGAGUCAGGCACUCGAGUCACAAGUUCUAAAUACAGUAUCAAAUCCCGAGGACACAGAGGAACUAGUGCAAUCACUGUUGUGUUUACGUGAUGGUGAGGAAAUGGAGACAGACAUUUUCACAACAGCUCAGACCAUCAUAAAUCUUACCUUGUUGCAUGUUAAAAACACCAGUGGAACAAAUAUGGAGGAAGGGUUACGUAAGGUUUUAGGAAGUGGAGUUUUGCAGACAACCGCUGAAAUUAGUAAUAGAGAUUCUCCUGAUGUUCAAAUUCAUCAGUACAAGCUACAGACUUUAUUACAUCUGGAGCUGCUCUGGGUUUUAGGGUAUUCAUCAUUAAUGAACAUAAAUGAUGAUAAUGAAGAAGAAGAAAGUCGGAGCAGCAGUAUAAGAGAAUAUCAUGUAGAGGAAAUCAUGAAAAUGUUACGUGCAAUAUCUCUGCGUUACAACCCAGCUACCAUGGCCUCCUUCCUCCAGGAGACAGUCCUUGACAAUUACAUAGAGACAAUGGGUGAAUUGUUAGUGGAAAUCUAUGAAGAACUGAACCAGCCCUUGCCAGAGUGUCUUCGUGUUGUAACUGGGGACAUUGGAUCAGUAGCAGACACUAGACCAUCUUCUGUCAAGUCACAUGGAAGCUCUGUCUUGAGCUACGGGAGUGCACCUGGGUCAGUGGAGAACCCAGGCUCUAUUAAGUCACGAGAAGGCCGCAGGAUGUCUUCCCGUCAUCCGUCCUUGAAGGAAGCCAGUAAACGCAGCAUUGUAGUUCCAAAGGUCACAAGAGCUUUAUCACGGACUGUCAGUGAUCAAUGUAGGCCACUACAGGCUGCUUCAUCAUCAAACAAAGAAGUUGCUGAUAAUAAUAUACGAAAAGUACGACGUUCCCUUUUUGACUUGAGUGAUGGGGCUACAACAAAGCCAAAGUUACAACGGUGCCAGACUUUUGGAGGUGGGUCAGUGUCAGAGCUGAGGCGUAGUCCUCGAAAAAAGCAUAAGAAAUCACUGACUGUUACCCCAAAGAAGAACAGAACGACAAUGGGUCCUUCCAAAAAUUCCUUUAAAACGCCUUCAAAGGGGUCAUUGACACGUGAUAAAGGAUAUACAACUCCAAAGUCAAACAAGGGUGGUGUUCUUGUUCCUGAAACUCCUGGGGAGAAAAUUGGCCAGACCAUAUUUAACAAACACCGAAUUCUCAAGAGCACCGGUACAACACUUGUUGUUGAAAGUCCUGAUGUCAAAAGAGUGAGUAAAUAUACACCUCGCAGGCUACGAGCAAGCCUGACUGUCACCCGCAGAAAUUCCUUCUACUCAGGAGCACGCUCUCGUAACUGGGAACGAGCCAAGACUCAGCUUUUAGCAGACCGCUUUCGUGGACAUUCUGAUAGGCGCAGUUUAGAUUUAACUACUAUCCAAAAUGUAGGUAAUGCCAACUUUCUCUUCUCUGAGAUUGUACCAGCUAGUCAGUCCAGUCCACCCAAGAAGGGCAUCUCUAAAAGUGUUGAGGAGAAAAGUUGCUUAACUCCAAAAAGGAAGGUGCUAGACUUUGGACUUGAUGACUGUACCAAGACUACAUUUGAGGAAAGGUUAGAAACAAUGGAAACCUGCCAUAAAGAAGUUGGUGAUAUUUCAAAUUUGUCAUUACCAGUGUUCACCAAUUCCCCUGCAAAGAGCACACGUGCAAAUUUAACAAGAGGUCAUUUAUCUUUAUCUCCUGGACUAGAUUUAAGAAAAACUCCAAUAAAAAAGGUGAGGAGAGCCUUGUCACUGUGUACACCAUCUAAAAUUACUCGAAAAAUAGAUCAGUCACCCGGAAAAAUGUCAAGUUGUAGCUCAUCAAAAGAUAGUGGUGUAAACUCUUUCAAAGGGUUUUUCACUCCCAGUAAAGACAAACUAAGUCAAGGACAAAAUAACUCCAAUGCUGUUUCACUGUGCCAAAGUCCAAACACUCCAAAACAAAAUAAUCAAAGUGUUCAUAAUUCUGAUACUGGUUUGUCAACAAUGACCCCAAGUAAAAGAGUCCAGUUCAGUUUGGCUCUAACCCCAAGUAAAAACAUUAAUCUUGCCAACACUUCUCAAACUCCAAAUAAUAAGGAUGGAUCUUUCAUCUCCAAUCCCCAAACUCCUAAGAGCAUUCUUAAAACUCCAAUGAAAACACCAAGCAAAACACCCCAGAAAAGUUCCUUCCAUAGCUCUGAAAUUUUUGUUCCAGUAGCAAAGGAUGGGAUAAACAACUAUAUCAAGACACCCACGAAGAGUGAGAAAGGUUUAAAUACUCCUUCCAGAAAAAUUAAAUAUUUGUCAAAAUUAAAUGUUGGGGAAGAUCCAGACCUUCUUCCAGAGACUCCUCACACGACUCUGAAAAACAGAUUUUCUCCUGUGAAAUUAGAUGGUAUUGUUUCUUUUACAGAAAAUGAAAUUGAACUUGUAUCCCCAUCAAAGGGAGACAAAGCAUCUUCAAAACCUUCAGUAGUUCUUUUUAAUACACCUUUUAGAGUUCACCCAGUCAAGGAACUCUCAGAGGAGAGCACUCAAAAGAUGGAGAUUGGCUCUACUGCAGCUAAUGAAAACACACCAAACCUUAUAGAUGCAGACCUAUCAAUGGUUCCUGGCAUGGGUCCAGAAGAUGUUGAAAUGAUGAGCUCACUUAUAUUUGGGGAAGAUAUUUACCCAGAUUCUGAAAUAGGAGCAUUUGAAGUAAGUGAAGAUGAUGAGAUUAUGAAAUUUAAUCUUAAUUGCAUCCUCAGUACUCUUUCAAGCCCCCAGAAGAAAAUAGACCAGUCUCCUCUGAAAAUUGGCUGUGACCAAAAUGAAGACUCGCGCAGUUCUCUGCCAGAAAAACAGAUGCCUUUAUUAGACUUGAAUUCCAUUUUUACUGAUCAUACUACACCCAAAAAGGAUCCUAAAUUUGAAAAAGAAUAUUCAGUCAGCCCUGAAAUUUCAAUGGACCCUAAAGUGAGAGCUCAAAUUGAGAGGAGGAACAAAGAAGAUUCCAUGUAUAGUGGUGUUGAUGUCACAGCAACACAGGUAAUAAUGAAGUCACCACAGGUUAAUACUGAUGACAGGAAAACAGAAAGUUCACAUGAUUUCCUUAUCAACAAUGUCUGUGCCAUGAGAAACAGUGAAGCACUGAACCAAAACACUGACAGGAUAUUAAACAAAGGUAAAAAAAAAUUAAUAUUAAACACAGCAGAGGGACUAAUGUCUGCCAGUGAAAGUAACAUGUCAACAUAUCAAGCAAAAAAGGCAAAGCAUGUCGGAGAACCAGAAAAUAAAUUAAAGGACAUGUGCUUAAAAGAAAUGAAGAAAGAUACUUCUACAAGUGAAGCAGAAAAGAAAACCUGUAGGAAGACCAAACUGAGUGUAUCGAAGGAAACAAAACAGAAAAUAUGUAUAGAAGAGGCAGAGGAGGAAAUAAUUUUGAAUAAAAGCCAAGAAAAAGUACUAGUUACAGAAAAUACAACUACUAUUGAGAAGUCAAAGAAAAUCUCUGUAAAAGAAGCAGUAGAGAAAGUGCCCACUCGAGUAGCAGAAAAUGUAUUGUCUAGAAAUGAAUCAAAGAUGGAAGUAUCUGCACAAGAAGGUGAGAAAAUAUUGUCUGGUUGUGGUACUACAGGUAAAAUGUCUAAAAAAAAAUUAGUAAAUAAAGAUGUAAAUGAAGAAAUUCAAGCUGAUGUCACCAACACAGUUAAAAUACAAUCUGAAGGUGUUUCUGCGGAACUUCAUUCUACAAAAGCAGCAAAACGACAUUAUUCUGAGAGUAGUGAUGAGUUAGAGGAAGACAUAAUUCAAGAGAACAUGAGGAAUAAAAGAGUAACUAGUAAUAGAACUGACUUUAAAAAAAGGAGGUUUUCAGAAAGAAUGAAGAAAAGCAAAGAUGCAGAAAAGCAAAGAAACCAGAGAAGUUGUAGAAAACUUAUAACUUCAAUGUGUGAACUUAGUGAUGAUGAUAAUUCUGAUGACGAUGUGUAUUUACAAAAUUGUAAGCUAACACCACAAUAUAAAAAGAGAAUUUUUGAUGAGGAUUCUGAUUUUUUAACUCCAGUAAAAUGUUUUACAGAUACCCCAUUUACAAUGCCUUUGAAAAAUGUUGAAAAUUUACCCAGAAUUCCAUCAAAUGAAUCAGAAGCUUCAUCCUGGCUUGAAGAAUAUGAUAAUACAAAACAAGAAAGUAAUGAUAAAAACAAAAUGGAUAAUAGAUUUCCAACAGGAAAUUUGAGUUCUGAUGAAUGGUGUAAACAGCAAAAAAUUGAUGUGUACCUUUCUCCUGUUGGUAAACAAAUUUCCGCUGUAGAGACGCCAAGCAGAGUUCAUAGAGAUACUAUGACUCGAAGACGACCAGAAACUCCAAAUGAUUGGAAAAUAACUAAACCUAGACGUGAGAAGAGAAAGAUUUCCGAGGUGAAGGGAGAUACGGAGGAUGACUCUAUCAUUAUUGUAAAUGAUAUCAAGAAUAAUAUAGGUGAUAAUGAGACUGUAGUUGAUGAAAAGGGUCAAACAAAGAAAGCUAAAAAGAAGAAAAGAAAGGGAGUUAAGUUAAAGAUUACAAAAAGUGGGGAACAUUACCAAGUUUCAGAAACGAAUAUCUCAAACGAAGGAUCGGAUCAGAACUCGAGUGGUGAUGUAAAAUUGCAUCUUAGUCAAAGUGAUAGUGUUCGUUCAAAUUGUAGCGACAACUUGGACUCCUCGCUUUCUAGCAAUAACUUUGAAACUCCUGUUACAAAGAGGAAGAAAAAGAACCAAAAAGAAAGUGAAUCCUUUAUUACUCCCUACAGAUUUACCCGCCACAUGUCAAGGGAUCUUAGUAUAACUCCGGAAUUUUUCCAAAAACUAAUCACGUUGUCUCCAAAGAAAGAACCUGAUGCAGUUCAUAAUUCUCAAAAACUAGCUGAUGAAUUCUUGGGUAAGAGGAUUGAAUUAGAAAUGAUGCAGGUAAGUAAAGUGGGAACAGACUCUUCCACUGCUCAUUCAGAAUUAGAAAAUGACACAAGCACGGAAGACCAGCCGUGUGCUUCAUAUCCAGAUUGCAAAAGAAACGAAUCUUUAAACAACAUUGCAGAGGGUGAGUGGUCUGUAAAGAGUGUACCUGGGUCACCUACCUUAAAAACUUUCAUCCGUUUACAAAAAGAAAAACAUUCCAUUUUGUUGAGCCCACGCAUAGAGUUGUCGCCCUUACGAGAGGGAAAUAUUGUACCUGUAAAUGGUAUUUCGAACUGCACGAGUUUGGACGACGACUCUGAAAAGAAGAAGCCUUCAGGAAGCAGCAUUUCCCACAAACAUUCAUCACCACUUCAUACAAGUAACAGAAAAAAAUCAAAACUCACCGAUCCAAGUCUCCUUAGUCUAGUUCAUCUUUCAGUCUCCCCAAUUCUCAAUAAUAAUUUGCUGGAAGAAAGAAGCAAUAGUAAAAGUACCUCCAAGUCUCAGGUUAAGCCAAAAUCCAGUAGGAGAUUAUACAGAAACAGAAAUGGUGGUCAUGAUGAGAGUCCUUAACCAUUUUACUGUAGUCAUGUUGUGGGCCAGGAAGGAAGGAAGGAAGGCGAAGUAAAACAUGAUCAUGCUAAACCUCAGUGCAAAAGCCUCUUAUCAGUACCUUUAAGUUAAGUAGAUUUGUUUAUUUAUGGAUUAUUCUUUGUAUUCACUCAUUUAUAAAGUUUAUUUUUUCUUUUCCUUCUUGUGGAGUGGAGAAUAAAAUAUAUAUUUUUCAACAGCUAUCCUGACAUGUUUUGUAAUGUACUUUUGCCAUAUAUGUGUAUAGAGUAGAUUUUUAUUUGUUAAUUUCCAUUUCACAUCACUCAUGUGCCCCAAAAUUGUAAAAUAUUGAAGGGCAGUGUUUCAUCUUAGUAAAAUUUUAUGAAUAAUUAUUUAUUUAAUUUGCUGUAAUGUGUUGUGGUGUAAGUUUGUACUUAUUGGAAUAAAGAAGAUAGUUUUAUCCAUAUAUGAAUAUAUAUAUAUAUAUAUAUAUUUUUUUUAUUGUUUUCAGCCCUUCAGUAUAGGGAGUUUUGUGAGGUCAGUGGUUGUUUUGUAAACAGCCUUGAUAAGCAAUUUUACAAAUGGUACAUACAACUUCUUGUGUGUAUCAUGUAUUUAUCUGCAAGCAAUUCUAUUCAUUUCUUCUGCUAAACUGUAAAAUUUUUCUCACUCUAUCAUUAAUGAUCAUUAUUGAUUUACAGCCAUUUUCCAAACUUGCAUAGAUUAGCCGCAGCUAUCUGAUGGUAUAUCUCCAUGCUGCAUGGUCUCUUGUCAGGUUUCUGACUUAUGUCAUUACCUCUCCCCAUUUAUUCUUGGCCUACCAUGAUGGUUUCUCCCAUAAUGCACAAAAUCAGUUUCGUUUCUGUGUUUUUUGUCCAUAUUAUGUUUUUAUACUAUUUUAAAGUAAUUUUGAAUUUAAAACAAAAAAUAUCAUGCUCUUACGGGGAUACACUUUCUCGAGUAGUUAGCAGUUAAAGGGUUAAAACGGGGUCUGGAAAUUCACAGUCCCCCUAGGACUGGGAGGUAAAAGUUGUGGCUGUCAUAGAGUGCCAGAAUGACCUGCUCACCACUUAUUUGGGCAUAGUUACAAUAAGGGAAAUGUGUCUAACCUCACUACCUGCCACUAACCUCUGUUGGUAAAGGUGUCUUUUUCUAAUUGCCUUUUCAUAUGAAAGCCAAGUGCUCAUUAUUGCAUGUGGGUUUUUGGGCUGGGCUACACAGUUCUAAGUUUUGCAACUAAAGUAAUAGUAUACCAUUUUUACCUUUAUUGCAAGUGUUUUAAUGUGGUAAGAACCUAGCAAGGGGGUAGUUGCUGUAGUAGUAAGGAAGUUGACUGUCUCUUCAACACUUUGUGAUCAAUUUUUCACAAUUUACAGUGCAUAGCCCAGCACUGUUUAUUGUGUGAAGCAUAUGUAGAUGCAGUGUUUUCAUUUUACUGGUUGAGGGUCCUUUAUCUGAAAUCCUUGAGGCCGAUCAUGUUACAGAUUCCAUAAGUUUUCUGUUUUGAGGGGCAUUUUGACAUAUUGGGCUUGGGUCCCUCUGUGUAAGUGGUAUCUCACCCAUAGGGACCAAGCCAAAGUCUAAUUAUUAAAUGCAUUUUUUUCUUUUUAAGGCAUUUUAACUGCAUAUUGAGACAUACAGCCUACAAGUGAAUGUCUAACUUAGUAAAAAUUAUAUCAUCCAUACCAGGAUAUCAAUGAUAUAAAUCUGUGCAGCCAAUUUACAGUGGUAGUUAUAGCAGCACAUCAGGUGUUUACAAACAAAGAAUGACAGAUAUUAAAUUAAACAUUAAUUAUAUCUACAUAAUGUUUCAUUUCUUAGAGAAGUGUUAAAUAAAUUUAAUAUUGCAGGUUUCAUUAAAUGUUUUAAAGAUAUAAGAAAUCAAAAUCAAGAGAAGACAUUUGAUUAGCUGAUGGAGAUGCACUGGCAGUUUUUCUUGCUCUCACUAUAUGGCAGCACCAGCAGGUGCCAUAAUCUGCAAAGGCCAGCAGGCCCAACACUGCACUGUGACUCAAACAUGAGUCACCUUGAAUCUGAACAACUGUAAUUCUGGAAGCAGGUGUUCAUACUCAAGGAGAGUUAAAAUUUCUUAAAAAGUGUUUUGAAAUGAUGGAAUUGGUAUUAAAGCGAGAAAGAGUGU